UGGCAGAUUAGAGGAUUCUGAUAAUAGAUAUGAGAAUGACAAUAUUGAAAUCGUAGAUAUUAGUAAAGACGAUGAAAUCAUAGAUAUUAAUGAGGACGAUGAAAUCAUAGAUAUUAAUGAGAACGAUGAAAUUAUAGAUAUUGAUGAUGACGAUGAAAUCAUAGAUAUUAUGGAUAUUAGCGACAACGAUAUGGAAAUGACGGAUUUUAUUGAUGAUAAUGAAGUUAUGAACAUUAGCGAUAUUAUUGAAUUUAUGGAUAUUAGCGAUUGA